AUGCAAGGUUUGAACGUCCUCUCUCUCUCUCUCUCUCUCUCUCUCAAAGCUUAUUCAAACAUCUAUCUAUCUAUCUAUCUAUCUAUCUAUCUAUCUAUCUAUCUAUCUAUCUAUCUAUCUAUCAAAGCCCAUUUCAUCUAUCUACCUAUCAUUCAUCUUUCAAAGCUUUUUCAUCCUAUCUAUCUAUCUAUCUAUCUAUCUAUCAUCUAUCUAUCUAUCUAUCUAUCUAUCAAAGCCCAUUCAUCCCAUCUAUCUAUCUAUCUUCCAUCUAUCUAUCUAUUUCAUCCCCAUCUAUCUAAAGCCCAUCUAUCCCAUCUAUCUAUCUAUCUAUCUAUCUAUCUAUCCCAUCAUCCAUCCAUCAAAGCCUAUUCAUCUCAUCUAUCUAUCUAUCUAUCUAUCUAUCCCAUUCAUCCCCAUUCAUCCCAUCUAUCUAUCUAUCUAUCUAUCUAUCUAUCUAUCUAUCUAUCUAUCUAUCAAAACCCAUUCAUCUUAUCUAUCUAUCUAUCUAUCUAUCUAUCUAUCAUCUAUCUAAGCAUAUUCAUCCCAUCUAUCUAUCUAUCUCAUCUAUAUCUAUCUAUCUAUCUAUCAAAGCCCAUUCAUCUUAUCUAUCUAUCUAUCUAUCUAUCUAUCUAUCUAUCUAAAGCCCAUUCAUCCAUUCAUCUAUCUAUCUAUCUAUCUAUCUAUCUAUCUAUCAAAACCCAUUCAUCUUAUCUAUCUAUCUAUCUAUCUAUCUAUCUAUCUAUCUAA